AAGGCUUGAGGCGGAGUUCGCACCAGCAUUGCACCCCUGACCAGUCUUCCUGUAACGGAAGUUAACACCCAUACAGUUCGCCCCGAGGCUCGUCUGACAGGUUAUGGCCAGGGCACUACCCUAAAGGUGUGUCGAAGAGAGAGAACAUUCCAAAGAACCAUGAAGAAGGAUAUUAAAUUGAGUCUGACUGACCCAGACAUGAAACAGCAAGUGGACGGCAUCCUAGGUUCCUCGGACUUGGGGCUGCUAAAACUGUCCUCACCGGACCUAGAGAAGCUUAUUAUCCAGUCCAACGGGAUGUCAACAUCCACGCCGACCAGCAACCACUUCCUUUACCCGAAGCACGUCACGGAUGAGCAGGAGUUCGCCGAGGGUUUCGUCAAGGCGUUAGAAGACUUGCACAAGCAGAACCUAGGGACGACGAACGGAGCUUUGGAUCUGGGUGCCAGCAUUAUCGCCCCGGUUUCGACGCAGCUGGACCCGCCUGUGUAUACUAACCUCAACAGUUACGGCAACGGGCCUUUGGGAACUACCGUCAACUACUCCACAGACACGGUCCCUUUCCCGCCCCCGCCUCAAAAUUUCGGCGUAGCGUCUUCGGUGGAGCCGGAGAUCUCGAACCGAGUGCAGCCGCCCAAGGAGGAGCCUCAGACGGUGCCGGACGUGCAGAGCUUCGGGGAGAGUCCGCCGCUGUCUCCCCUCGACAUGGACUCGCAAGAGCGUAUCAAGGCCGACCGGAAAAGGCUUCGAAACCGGAUCGCCGCCUCCAAGUGUCGCAGACGCAAACUGGAGCGCAUUUCUCGGCUGGAGGACAAGGUGACGACUCUGAAGAGCCAGAACACCGACUUGGCUUCGACGGCCAACGUCCUCAGAGAACAAGUGGCCCAGCUAAAGGAGAAAGUCCUCACCCACGUUAACAACGGCUGCCAGCUACUACCACAGGAGGUUCAGGUGCACUAGACCGGUGUUUCCCAACCCAAAGCAAUUAUUUUCCAUUUGGAAAACCUCACUGUUUACCAUCUCACAAAAAGAUCACAAAAUGCAUAUGAAUUGUUCUGAAAUAAUGAUCAUUGAUCAUAAUAAUUAUGAUUGGCAACUGGUGAUACACAGGUGAACUUACCCUCCGCUGCCAUUGACGGGGAUAGACGUCCAAAUCUAUUUGAGCUGUGAGAAAACCCCCAGUUUGGAUGGAAUACUGUACUAUCAUAGUCGAUGGCAAAUGUGUGUGUUUUUUUUUGUUUUUUUUUUCUUUUGCUUAUCACUCUGUCUCUCAAGAACAAAGAUGCAUUUGCAGUAAAUAACAAAAUGACAUUUUUCGGAUCCAGUUUGGUGAAAUUGGAGUAUUUCCCAUCCCUUGCCACACAAGGUGUUGGCUAGGAAUCACUGCACUUGUAUGGUGCUUCAUAAGUAGUGCAACAUGGGACAGCGUGUUUUGACACAGGACUUCACGUAUCACGAGGCAGCUUUUAUAAAUGAAAUUUAGAAUAAAAAAAAAGCACUUCAUUUUCAAACAUUUUGGGAGUGAUAUAAAACAAAUGUGUCUGUGUGUUUUCAAUUUAAGUACUGUGGUGUAGUGGAUAUGAAGACCAUAUGUCCAUUCACAUUUGCAGUAUUUACAAACAUACUGUAAUCUCAUUUGGUACAACACAGGGGAUCUUUAGUUAAAAAAAAAAGGGAUGAUCAGUUAUUAAAUCAUGUUUUUCUCAUUCAAUCGUUUUACUGUUUAUUUAUGACCUGGCCUAUUUAAUCAUAUAAUGUCCGUGACCUAAGUGAAAAUCCAGGACCCUCUGAAAUUCUGAAUCAUAUUCAGUAUGUUGCAAUGCAGCUUGACACCACUGCAAUUUACAAGAAUAAACAUGUAUUGGAUCAUUCCAUUGUCCAGUUGUACAUGGUGAAAGGUCUGUGUGCAUGUUAUUGACAAAUUCGAAUGUAGCUAAAGCUGAGUGUCACUUUUGUGCAUUAAUUUACUGUGUGUGACUUGCCAUGCAGUCUUUAAAAUUUCUAUUUGCCUGUUCUGACUGGAUAUCCAAAGCCUACAGUUAAAACAGUAUGUCAUGUGUAAUAAAUUAUGCUCUAUUAAAGACUAUAUGUACAUUUUGUAAACAUGUUUAUUGUUUGCAUCAGUCAUCAGUGUUGAUUUUUUUUUUUUUUUUUUUUUAUGAAGUGUAAUUUGACGUGUAAUGUUUACUAUUUUAGAUGAUGAAGGGUCAGGCGAGCAUAGUUAUGAA